CUUGGCCGGCCAGAUGUGCAAGACAAGGCUCCCGGUCCAUGCUCAUUACCUGCUUUCAGGCGCAGUUUCUAUACACUUCCUUUAAUAGCUGCCUAUUCAUGGUGACACUGUCUAUACAGAUUCCGGUGACCUUCAUGAAAAAUUGUCUGUUUGUCUCGGAAUGGACAGGGAUCGCAACAGAAGAUUUGAUGAUCACCGUGGCGGAGAGAGCUAUCGCCCGGCAGGUCCUCGUGGUUAUAUUAGACGCAGUAGAUCGCCACGGAAUCGUUCCCCUCGUCUAGUGGCUGACACAUGGGUACCAUCUUCAAGUCGGUCAUAUGGUCGCGGACGCAGUCGUUCACCUCCAGCUUUUAGGGGUCGCUCAUCCCGGAGCCCAUCUUUCUACAAUAGAGAUAGCGGCCCUAGUUCAUACUUGAAGACAUGCUCCCCCCCAAGAAGGUUCUCACCCAGACGCGAAGGACGACCCAGGUCUCCUGCUCCUACUUCGUGGCGUUUAAGGUCACCGUACGCUGAUAAUCGACCUCGUGACUUCUCCCGGAAUCGCAACAUGUCAAAGCGGCUUCGAGAUCCAUCACCUAACCUAGAUUUUAGACCAGCCAGAAGAGAGCGCCCUGCACUGACUGCGUCUGACCAGUACACGAGACCAGCUUCACCUUCCAGGCGUAGCUUGUUGCGAGAUAAUUUCGCUCGUGGACCGAUGGUCCCUCGUUCUCGAAGUCCAAUUCAAGAGGGUCGCAGGGACCGCCAUGCAGAGAAUUAUAUAGCCCAAAGACGACGAUCGCCAUCACCCCGAGGAGUUCCUGCAUAUACCUCUGCCCCUGGGUCUGUUUCCAAUUCGAGACGGUCAUCGCCAUUUCUAGACAGGGUCAGUGCUUUUCAAUACAACCACAGGGUUCGGUCACCGGCAUCUCAGCCAAUUCCCUGUCGCCGCUUAUCGAAGAAUUCAGAGCAUUCACCGUCCCGUCACGAGCAUGCAACAUUGAGCAAAACCAAGCCGAAUAAAGACGACAUAGGACGUGACUCUCCGCUCGUGGAUGGAGCAGGUUACUCUUUAGAGAAAGGACCGGAAUUGGAUAUCUCUGGUCGGGCUCCUUCCCUCGAAAAACGGGGGAAAGACUCUGCUGAAUUGAAUCAAGCACACUCUGGCAGCGUUCCAAGCCACCCAAGGGCAUAUAGCAUAGCACAGGACCAUUUACCGCCAUCUGGUCCCUCCCAUGGAUUCAAGUCUUUGCCCUCGCAAACUCGCAGCUCAAAUAUUUCGCUAUUAUCUGCCCCCACUCGUCCUCGUGGAGGGCCGAGCUUCAAGGAAAACAUUUGGACCGGUGCUCCCGCCCGCCGUGGGCCAAUGUCGGUUGGGUCCUAUGGGCCCCCGACUGGUCCGCGCAGUGGCCAUACCCCGAUGCCAGGGCCGGGUGUGGAUACCCAUCGUCAUUCUACCUACCGGCAAGGGGGUGUUACGGGAGUCCCUUAUCCUCGCACCUCGAGGUACAUGAAUCAUCUUACCGGCCUUUCUUCGAUUAUAUCGGGGGGAAGAUGCAUCCCAUCUGACUUAGAUGCCCUCACGGAAAAGCGCCUUUCGCAGUUAGACGCAGACAGGGAUCGGCUUAUGGAGCAGAUUGCAGACACUCAGAGAUCAAAACGCGUUGGAAUACGAGAUUGGGACAGACUAGAUAGGGAUAGCUCCAUUUGCACUUUGAAAAGUGAACUGGCAGAGGGGCACCUGCAGCGAAUUGUGGAUGGCGAAAGCGCACAUGUUAGCGCGAUCUUUUGAAAGUACAAUGCUGGGAAUCAUUGUCACUUUAGGACGAGAAUUGCUCAUAAUAUUUAAGCCACGUGGGUUUCUGCCUUUUCGUUCUCUUACUGAUGAUACAAGGACCAACAAUUGAAGAAUAAUGACAAGGCAAUAAAUUAAAAAAAAAAAAAUUAAAAAAAAGGGAGGAGGUGGGGGGGGAAGAAAGUGGAGGGCAAAGACUAAAACAUAACAAAAUAAAGUCAGCAACGUGAGGGGAAAAAGG